AUGACCUCCUCGAUCCCCGCCCCACCAGAGGACCAAGCGCCGAUGGAAGAUCUUAGGAAGCAAGUGGCUCCAACAUCUCCACCAGUCGCGGCAACCUUGAUGAAUGAAGCUGACACGGACACGGCAGAUGAACCCUCAGAGCCGAAGGUAGCCUCAGAACAGGAGCCCUCAGAGCCAAAGGAAGCCUCAGAUCCAAAAGACGGCGAAGAGUCCGACCCCACGAAAACGAUGUUUCCGCAGGCAAGGGUGAGGUCGGUCAUGAAAAUCGACAGGGACGUUCAAAUGGUCGGAACUGAAGCCGUGCUGGCCGUCAGCGUCGCGGCUCAGAAGUUCCUUGAACAUUUCGCGGUUCAAAGUUAUGCAUACACUCGUGAGGCAGGCCGGAAGACCGUGAGUCAUGCUGAUCUUGCAAAAGCCGUGGCGGAAAACGUCGAGUUGAUGUUCUUGGAAGAUAUAAUACCACCUGUCGCCGCACCGGAGUCGAAGAAGAGCAAUUCCAAAAAGGGCAAAUCGCGGGCUGUAGGAUGA